ACUCCUACUCCAUGGUUAACAAGCGCGAGGCCGAACGUAAAAAACUAGCCAAGCAAAAGGCUAUGGAAAAACGACGCGGAUACAAAUCCACUAAAAGCGAUGAAGAGUCAGUGGACAGCAAGGCCGAGCUGGAGAAGCAAAUCAACGAGGCAAGUGCCAUCGAGAAGCCCGAGAUUCUACAGCAUGCUACUAUCACUGGUCACCGCACGUCACAGUACUUGGCCAAGGACAUCAAGAUUGAGCAGUUCAGUAUGAUUAUCGAGGGCAAGGAGUACAUCAAAGAUACCACUCUUGAGCUCAACAUGGGGCGAAGGUAUGGUAUGAUCGGUCUCAAUGGCAGCGGAAAGAGUACCAUUUUGCAAGCUUUGGCCGCUCGUUUGGUUGAUAUUCCUGACUAUGUUGAUAUUUGGCUACUACAUGAAGAAUAUCCGCCUUCAGAGCAGACUGCUCUCGAGGCCGUUAUCAGUUAUGUUGCGACGGAGCAGAAGAGGCUCGAGGCACUUAUGAUGGAUAUUAUGGAGAACCAUCCUGAGAACAUUGAUCUUGUCGAGCAGAUCGGUUUUCGUCUGGACGAGCUGGACCCUCAGACCUUCGAGAUUCGGGCUAGAGAGCUCCUCACUGGUCUUGGUUUCAAGGAGGAUAUGAUUCAGAAAAAAACGAAAGAUAUGAGUGGUGGUUGGCGAAUGCGAGUAGCGCUCGCCCAGGCGUUGUUUGUUAAACCGACUUUGUUGUUGCUGGAUGAGCCGACGAAUCAUCUCGAUUUGGAGGCAUGUAUUUGGUUGGAAAACUACUUGUCAAAGUACGAGAAGAUUCUCGUUAUGGUAUCGCACUCGCAAGAUUUUCUCAACGGUGUAUGUACGAAUAUAUGGCAUUUGACUUGCCAGGGCACUUUUGAGUACUACAGUGGUAAUUAUGAUACGUUCGUGCGCACGCGUGCUGAGAAUGAGGCCAACCAGAUGGUGAAGUGGAAAAAGGAGCAAGAUGACAUCAAGCAUUUGAAGCAGUUUAUUGCUACUAGUGGUGGUAUGGAGAAAGCUGUACGCCAGGCUCAGUCUAAGCAGAAAAUUAUCGAUAAGAUGGUCGAGGCUGGCCUCACUGAAAAGCCUGUGCCGGAUCCAGUGUACUCAUUCCGCUUCCCGGAGUGCGACAGGUUGCCCCCUCCAGUGUGCUCGUUUAACGAUGUCACGUUCGCUUACAGUGGCAAGGUUAAGGACAUCUUGUACAAGCAUAUAAGCUUUGGUAUUGAUCUCGAUUCGAGAGUGGCUUUGGUGGGUCCUAAUGGUGCUGGUAAAACUACAUUGCUAAAGUUAAUGGAGGGAAAGUUGGAACCUAAUCUCGGAACAAUUUCACGUCAUGCUCAUUUACGGUGGGGAAGGUUCAAUCAGCAUUCUACGGAUCAGCUCGAUCUCACUAAGACGCCUUUACAGUUUAUGCGGGACAAGUUUGCUGAUGGCCUUGCCACUGUGGAGGGUAAGAAGGUGCUGGAUAUCGAGGAGUGGCGAUCAAAGCUCGGGCAGUUCGGUAUCACUGGGCAGUGGCAAACUCAACCUAUGGAGACUAUGAGUCAUGGCUUCCAAGCUAGAGUAGCAUUCUGCUUGGUCGCUCUCUCUAACCCUCAUGUACUGCUAUUGGACGAGCCGACGAAUCAUUUGGAUAUGUCGUGUAUCGACUCCUUGGCAAAGGCUAUCAACAACUACAACGGCGGUCUCGUUCUUGUUAGUCAUGACUUCCGUCUUAUCUCUCAAGUGGCUAAGGAGAUCUGGGUGGUUGAUCAUGGUGUGAAGAGGUGGGAUGGCAGCAUUGAGGACUAUAAGAAGUCUUUGACCAAGCAAGUGCUUCGGACUGGUCACCGUAAGAAGGCUCCCCAGGUCGCCAAGACUGUCGUGGCGAACAGGAAAUAAUAAUUUCUAGCCUCUCGUAAUUAUGGCAGUAGUGAUAAGCUGCUGAUAAUAAUGUAAUAUAUCAUCAUCUGAAUGCAACAGUGUGGAGAUGUGUACGUCGUUGGCAUUUUUAUGGCAUUUCUCACUGCGGUAUUCUGUACAGUCGUGGAUCAGUAACUUGUUAGUAUGCAUGACUGAACUUGGAACAAUAGGCACUCACUGUUAUCUCUCUCUCAUCGAGGCUCAUCUACGACCAGGGGUUCGAUUAGCUAUGCUGGAAUGGGUGGCCUUGAGCAACUCGUCUUA